GCAUCGCGGACUGCCCGGGCGCCCGGCAGCGCAUCCGAACGAACGAAACACAACACGCACUGUUCCGCUACUCGUGUUUACUACGAACAUAACAUUACGUUUAAAAUUUAAAUAAUUUCUCGAUUCCAGAGUGCUGUGAUUGUUUAUUGAAUUAUUUUGUGCUAAUAUAAGAAACGAACGAGUGAGCUCUGCUGUGAAUGGACCGUUAGAUACGAUACGAAGGUAUUCGUAAAAGAAAAUGGCGGAAAACGGGUACGGCGGCGUGAUGGGACACGUCGGUAGAAUUCCGAACUACGGCAAAAGUAACGUGAAUCCAAUGGGGUCGGUUGAACCCCCAGCGUGCAUUCAAAAUGCGAUGAUGACGAAAGACAAGAAACCUUUUACAUAUACACCUGGAGGUCUGGAUUUAUCCCAAAUCAAAACACCAAGCAUGGCCAGAAGGUUGGCCAGACAAAAAUCGGCAGAAGAUCACGAACAGGCCAACUAUGCUGGAUAUCAUCCGCAAGGAGGUCCGCAAUAUGGUUCCCAAGGAGUUCCACAAGGAGGAGUACCACCCCCUCCUCCGCCACCAAAGGCACCAGCUCCACCACCACCACCACCUCCAAUAGUCAUUCAAGUGCCGAAUUCUAAAUCCCCAAAACCGGUGGCUCUUGGAGAACGCCCUGAAAUUGUGAUUCCAGACAAUCCCAUCGGAAUGCUACGGAAAACGAAUAGUCCUUACCACUGGGAAGCGGAAAAGGCAGAGUUGCAAAAGUUAGGAUCAGUUCCGAAAUACGUCGAAAAGGUGCCGAGUCCUCUGACUGUCAAAAUGCCGCCUUCCACAUUUAGUCAACAGCAGCCGCAAUCUUAUACUCCACAAAACAACUAUCAGCGACCCGUGAACAAUCAAAGUCACCCCGAAAGUCCCAUUCACAGGCCCGAAGCUCAGUACGCUCAUCAGAAAUCCGCUUCUCCAAAUAUCUCGACUCUCAACGGUUCACCUCCAACAAGAGAACUGUUACAACGUCAAGAUUCCCAGUUCAAUAAAAGUCCCCAGCCGUUUGGCAAUCAGGCUCCGUCCAGUGUCAGCUCCCCUUUCUCUCCCAGCCCUAAUAACAACUGGCGUCAACCAGAGAAAAGAGACUCACCGGCCAAAAACUUGCAAUCUCAUCAAAUCAACCGCGGGCCAUUAUCACCCAACAACGCCCCGCAUUAUUCACCGGGCUACCAAAAUCAGUCGAGUCCAGCCAACACAGCACCAGUUUUUCAUACUCUUCCGAGAACUAGUCAGAGAUCUCAAGAUAACGGUAACAGUAAUUUAAUUUAUAAUAACACCAGAGAAACUAAGCCCCAAGCUCCACAAUCAGAUAAUAACUCGGCACCUUGGAGGUCGAAUACUAUAAAUAGAUAUGCACGCGAACCAGAAAAUCCGCAAAGUAUUUACAAUACACCAAAUACUAACGUGAAACAAGCUUACAGUCCUCCGUGGAAAUCUAACGACGCGAACAAUAAUAACGAAAAUAGCUACGUUCCACCUUGGAUACAAGAAAACAAACCCCAACAACAAAACAAUCAACCUUGGAAUGCAUCGCAGGAUGUUAACGGCAAUAGAUAUGCUGAUGGUACAGCGCCUUGGAGGUCUCAAAGCAAUGAAAAAUCAUCUAUCACCCCACCCUCAAAACAGGAACCUCCUCGUUACCAAUCAAGCAUCUCUAUUCCCGUGACACCGAGAAAACAAAAUUCCCAACCUCAGCCCGAAUUUAGCGCGCAGCCCCAAAAAGAAGCUGUUUACGUUAAUCAGGAGCCCAUAUAUUACUGCCCCGACAGUCCUAAGUCGAUACCACCGUGGGUAAAGACUCAGAAAGAGAAAACAAAAACUCCUCCGCCAGUAUGGUGCCAGAGACCACUGGAAGGUAAAAAGAGUCCACCGAGAGAGCUUGUUACACCACCAAGGGAUGCUAAUACAGAACCUGAGUGGGUUAGGAGGAGUAAUGAAAUGCAAAGGGGCGCACGUGAGGUCGACAGUCCGCCUAAAUACCAACAGACAAGUCAGCCGGUGUGGUCAACACGGCCUUCGGAAAAUCGCAAAAGUUUGCCCAAAGAUAGUGCUUCUAACGUUCAGGGAAGUAGAAUUAUUCCCAUUCAAAUGGAAGUUUCCAGCACUGAAACUAGGGACGCCGGCCGUCACGGAGGAAACCAACCUCAACUGAGAAUAACUAUUGGAAUGAAUCAGAAUCCCAAUAAUGGAACGCAAUCGCCGUUCUCGCCACCCACACAGCGCAUCAUGAGGGUAUUAUCACCGCAAUUAGUGCGAUUAGAUGAUGGCCCGACACAACAUGACUUGCCGACCUUGAACAGAACUUUUCAAGGGCAGGACAGUCAGCCGAAGACGCGAAUAAUCCCGAUACAGAUCGAAAGCAACGGAGGGGCAAACAAAAGCUUCGGUGGCCGGUACUAAGGAGGUGUUUGCACUGGUCUAAAUAUCUUCUACCAUAAAUUCAGUCAAGAAUCACCGCGUCAAUCCAAGGCCUUCAAAGUACUACA